AUGACUCAACGAAUAAAGGAAGCUCGUGUUCCUGUUACGGAGAGAAUUUAUUGCCCAAAUUCCCGGUGCUCCACACUCAUGUCGAAACGCGAGGCUUUGGAAUUUUCAGAAAUGAAAGGUAAGAUUGGAGCAGGGAAAUGCAUCAAGUGUUACCAGUCUUUUUGUGUCAACUGCAAGGUGAAUUGGCAUGAGAACAUGUCGUGUUAUGAUUACAAAAGUUCCCAUAUUUAUUCAUGUUCGGAGGAUGCCGCGUUGGAUUCACUUGCUAAAAAAGAACGGUGGCGCCAGUGUAAGAAAUGCAGCAACAUGAUUGAACUAGCCGUUGGUUGCUUCCACAUAACUUGCAGAUGUGGAUACGAGUUUUGCUAUACUUGCGGUAUGGAGUGGAAGGGGAAAACACCAACCUGCACUUGUCCCAUAUGGGAACACCGCUACAUUAUCCACAACUAG